UUGCACAACAGUAUCCGGUUUAAUUCGCGUCGACAGGAAAAAAAAAAGGAUAAGUCGCAAACCAUCAAAGGACAGGAUCCGGUUUAUCUCUUUUAAAAUUGAUUCUAGGGUUCAUUCAUCUCCCUCAAAGCUCUCUCAUUCAUUAUCCUUCUCCAUCAUGAACGCCGUGGCAUCGAGUUUCGCUCAAUCUCCCUCCUUUCUUCGUCGAACUCCCAAAACCGCCUCUGGUUCGAUUCUCCUGACGUCAACCUCCCCUGGCUUCAUCCGAUUCGGUUCCGGACCUCAAUUUCGCCACAGAGUAAACAGCUCUUGUCUUAAACUCUCGAGACCAUCGCAAAGCCGAACAACUUCUCUCAAGUCUCGGACAAGCUUUGUCGUCAAAGCUUCAGCUUCAGGUGAUUCGUCGUCCGACUCAAUUGCGCCGCUUCAGUUGAAGUCUCCCGUGGGGCAGUUUCUGUCGCAGAUACUCGUCAGCCAUCCUCAUCUCGUCCCUGCAGCUGUCGAACAACAGCUCGAACAGCUUCAAAUCGACCGAGAAGCCGAGCAACAGAUCAACAACAAAGAUUCUUCCUCCUCCCCCCUUCCUCCUGCAACAGACAUUGUUCUCUACAGGAGAAUAGCUGAGGUUAAGGAGAAAGAGAGAAGAAGGGCUUUGGAAGAGAUUUUAUAUGCUUUAGUUGUUCAGAAGUUCAUGGACGCUAAUGUUUCACUUGUACCUUCCAUUACCUCCUCCUCCGGGAGAGUUGAUACUUGGCCCACUCAAGAAGACGGUGACCUCGAGCAGCUUCACUCCCCCGAGGUUUACGAGAUGAUUCAGAAUCAUCUCUCCAUCAUUCUUAAAAACCGUGAGGGUGAUCUCUCCACCGUGGCGCAGAUAAGCAAGCUCGGUGUUGGACAGGUCUAUGCUGCUUCCGUCAUGUAUGGCUAUUUCCUGAAGCGGAUCGACCAGAGGUUUCAGCUCGAGAAGACGAUGAAGAUCCUUCCUGGUGGGUCAGAUGUAGGAGGUGAGACUAGCAUUGAGCAAGCAGGGAGGGAAGCAGAGAGAAGCUUCUAUGGAGAAGCAGAAGAAGAGACUUAUCAAGCUGUAUCCUCAAUGGGAGGGAUUAAUGCCAGUGGUGGUUCCAGCAGCGAGACAACGAAACAGUCCCGGUUAAAGACGUACGUCAUGUCCUUCGAUGGAGAAACCCUUCAGAGAUACGCUACGAUUAGAUCGAGAGAAGCGGUUGGGAUCAUUGAGAAGCACACGGAGGCCUUGUUUGGGAGGGCGGAGAUUGUGAUAACACCGCAAGGGAUUGAUUCGUCCAAGGACGAGCAUAUAAAGAUCAGUUUCAAGGGACUGAAGAGGCUUGUGUUGGAGGCUGUGACGUUUGGUUCGUUCCUCUGGGAUGUGGAGAGUCAUGUAGAUUCGAGGUAUCACUUCGUACUGAACUGAAAUUGUUUGUGUGUGUUUUGGGUGAUACUUGUAGUUUCUCUGGGAGGGCUUUGGUGGGUUUUCUUUGUAUUUUGUUACUCUCUGAAAACUUAGAUUCAUCAAUACCUAAAUGUUAAAUUGCUGAAUGA